AUGAAUUGGAAUCCGCAUUUGGAAGCUCAUCACCUUAGCACCAGUUACCCUUACAGUAGCUCCGGUAGCUUCAUGGAAUAUGUCGAAGGGCUAACAUACGAUCACGUAAACUUCAUUUUUGAUGGUGCUAUGCAUAUACAGUCUGCAUUUGAGGAAUAUAAGGAGCCUGUUACAAACCCUUCAUCCAUGCCUAAUGAACCGAGCAUAGAGGUCAAUAUGGGGUUGGGAGGAAAUUUGAGCUUGCGAAGACAUGCUAAUGGUAAUGACUUUCAGGUGGUUUGGCAAGACACCCUCGACCCGGAUAACAUGACUUAUGAGGAAUUACUCGAGUUGGGUGAGACGGUUGGAACGCAAAGCCGAGGACUGUCUCAAGACCUUAUUUCUCUACUUCCAGUUACAAAAUACAAAUGCAGUGUAUCACUAUUCACGAGGAAGAAAUCAGGGAAAGAAAGAUGCGUGAUCUGUCAAAUGGAGUAUAAACGAAGAGAACGGCUGAUAACCCUCCCUUGCAAACACGCCUAUCAUGUCAGUUGCGGGACCAAAUGGCUUAGCAUCAACAAGGCAUGCCCGAUAUGCUACGCAGAGGCCUUUGGUUAUACAUCGAAAAGUUAA